AUGGCGACCGAAGGAAAUACCGGGGCUACUCUGGAGACAAGUGCAGCUCCAAAUAAUAACACUAGUGGCGAUAUCAACCUAUCAGCAGUGGCCGACCAAGUGAAACCCGCAACCGACGAGCUGCCAUCGUUGGAUAUCCAACGCAAGGUUGAGAACCACACGGUGCUUGAUCGCACUGGCAAAGCGCAUCCAUUCAAAAGCAUUUAUAGCGGAUUCGACUCUGCUCGCCGUGUGUUAGUUAUCUUUGUUCGGCACUUCUUCUGCGGGGAAUUCCUCCGCGCCCUGUCGGAGGUUAUAAAGCCUGAAUCACUGUCGCAGUUGUCAAUCAACACAUCCAUCUCCAUUAUCGGCUGCGGUGACCCAGGCUUGAUCGACACUUAUGCCACGGAAACGGGGUGUCCAUUCCCUAUAUUCUCCGAUCCGACACGAAAACUAUUUGACGAUCUGGGUUUGGUCACUUCUAUGGCUCUCGGACCGCGUCCAGAGUAUAUCCGCAAGAAUAUGGUGCAGAUUGUCGCUGAGUCGAUGAUGCAGGGCAUGAAACAUGUUUUAAAUGGACUUGCGAUGAAGGGGGGUGAUCCUAGGCAGAUUGGUGGGGAGUUUCUCUUUGACGCAAAAGAUGAAGGGGAAGAGAAGCAGGUAACAUGGUGUCACCGGAUGAAGACCACGCGUGACCAUACUGAAAUAUCAGAACUCGCGCGAAUUCUUGAUCUGGAUGCAGACCUUCAGCCCCAAAAGGGCUAG